UAGUAAUUUUGUUUCUAGGACCCUCUUUAAGAGAUUUAAUACUAAAAUCAAAUUUAACGGAGGAAAGAGGAAUAAUGCCAAUACGAAAAAAACAACCUCAAUACAGAAAAAAUGUUCUGGAAGAAAGAAGUUUAUUCAAAAACCUAAAAGUGUUCCUAAGAAAACGCGCAAGAAGAAAAGAGACCAUACACUAAAUGAUUCAGAUGGACUAACUGAUAGCGAUAUAGAUCAAAAUGUACCUUUAAAGAAAAGACUGAUUAAUAAAAGGGAGAGAAGCUGUAAAAUGAAGGCAAUCGAAAGACUAAAUGUUAAAGAUGAUAUAGAUGACCAGGUAAUAUCGGAUGAGAUUAAAAAUGAUUCAUGGAAUGAUGAUUAUUGGACUGAUGAAGAUACGAAGUGGAAAUCUGGCAGCGAUGAAUCCGAUAAAGAUGAUCGAUCAGUGUAUUCAAAAGAAGACAAGAUGAUAAGUAAAUCAUCCAAACGAAAGCAAGAUAAAUCGGGAUUAUGUCCGAAAUGCGGAAAAGUCACUUUAGAUAUAAGAAGUCAUCUCAAAAGCCAUUCUACGAUGUUUUCCUGCGAUUUGUGUUUGAUAAACUUCAAAAACGAGAAACUUCUAAAAGAACACAGGGAAGUGCACGACACUGAUAACCCGUACAACUGCGACUUUUGCAACAUGAUCUUCAAAAACAUCACGAAGCUGGCGUUGCACAGAUUCGUCCACACAAAAACCUACGCGUGUCCGCUUUGUGGCUUCAUCGCCACCAGUAAAUUUCGCAACUCCAUCAUAGCUCAUAUAAAACGCCACGAAGACAACUACACGGUACGAUGCGACCUGUGCAAAAAGGGUUUUCUUUGCAAAAAGAAACUAGAAGAACAUAUGGAGUGGCACGAGAACAUACCGAAAUACGAAUGCGAGAUUUGCCACAAAAAAUUCCCGGUUAAAUCGUAUCUUCAGCUCCAUAACAAAUUUAAUCACAAAAAAGAAUUGUACGGUACCGAGGAAAUUUUCCAGUGUGAAUUGUGCGGUAGAAAGUUCACUUUCGAAAAAAGCUUUAAACGGCAUUUGAGCUGCAUCCAUAAAAUCGGAAAAGAUUUCACUGUUAAAUGUCCGGUUUGUCACAAGAUUAUCGCUAAUAAUCACAACCUGAAGAAACACAUGCGUGUUCACACGGGCGAACGAAACUACAGUUGUGAUACGUGCGGGAAAACGUUCUCACAAAAACAGUAUGUGACGCGACACCAGAAAGUGCAUCGUGCAGAAAGGGAAAACACGAAGAGGCCACCCGAUGGUGAUAAAAUCAAACUGGAACAUAAUAUGGUUUAGUGCCUGUUUAGAAUUACAAAAUAAAUAUUCUACGCUAGUUUAUCAUAAAGUUUAUUAAAAUUGUAAAAAUAAAAAAUAGUAUAGACAGGAAUAGAUCACAAUAUAUUAAAAAGCGCCAACAGGACCGGAUCUGAAUGCGUUGGUUUGGACUAACCUAACCAAACCAACUCAUCAUUUGGCAUAGGCUUCGACAAUAUUGCAAUUCACAAGUGUGUCUCCUACACGAUGUGGCAAAUGUUCAUGUGUCCAACGUUGGAAGGUGUUUGGCACACCGUGUGUGAUCGGUUUAAAUAAACGUUUUGCAUCUUUAAUUGACAGUUUUU